AUGCAAGCGAUUUUCAACUCGAUUGGUUCUCAGCAUAAUCUCAAUCGGCUGAAUGUUUCCAAUCAACGGAUCUCUUGGAAGCGCCCGACCCAUCGCUCAAGAAGUUGGAGGAAGAAUCGCACAGGAACCGAUUGCCAACGAUCGCCGCAAGUUCAUCAUCCUCUACCCAUCCCGCCAGUCAAGCAAAACACUGGCGACACUCCGAAAGAAUACGAGAUCCGGUUUCCCCAACACCAACAACUAGCCCACAUCCACAACCAUCACAAGCGUUCCAGGCCCCAAAAGAGCUCCCCGGUCCUCGGUCAUAUACAAUCAAACGAUCAACAUUUUGAUUUCCAAUAUUCUUACAAUCGAGAGCCUCAAUCGACUGAGGAAUACCAUGCCUAUGGAAACUCGUCUUUGGAGCCACCUAUCAACGAUUUUGAAAACUGCUUAGAUCAGGCACAAGAUGAGGAUCUCGACUCUGUUUCAGUCAAGUCGCGAGAUGAAUCAGUUGAUCUAGAUGAGGUUGAAUGGGAUGACCGGUCUGUUCUAGACAUCAAUGCGGAUCCAGAUCACUUAGAACAACAACCCGAGCCAGCUUUUGACUUAAAAAGCUACAGCGCUGACGAUGUAGACCGCUGGGCCAGUACCUUGUCAGCAGAAGAAUUCGAGCACCUUCGUGUUAUGGGAACCGACGCUAGAACUGAGUCUUUCCGGCAAUAUGCUAUCACCAACCUUGAUCAACCAACUCAGACCCUAACUCCUCAGUUAAAUCAAGAACCGCCUGAUCACAUCCCAGGUGAAGUAGCUGACAACCACGAUCAAGAUGCCAACAACCCUUGCGUUCAUUCACAUCAUGUCAAUCACCAACCCAACCAAUACUCCUGCUCUAGUUACUAUGAACACUCCAACUACAGCACCUCCAAUCUUGAUCAAAAUCCAGAUAACACAGCAGGUUUUGACGGCAGAUUUGACGAUGGCGGAUUUGAAAAUGGUGAAUUUGACGAUGGUGGAUUUUACAAUGGCGGUUUCGACGACAGAUUUGAUGAUGGCGGAUUUGACGAUGGAGGCUUUGAUGACGGCGGUUUUGACAAUGGCGGAUUUGAUGACAGCGGCUUUGAUGGUGGUUCCAAUUAUUAUUAG